UUCUCCUUAUCCUAUCUCUCUCUUCUUUGAAGUAGGAAUGGCGUUAACACUGGGUGCUGCUCCGAUGGUGCUCAAUUUCCCCUCCUUAUCAUCCAGGGCCUCUCUUUCCUUCAAACCUAAUUUUGGGUUUUCUCUCUCUAAUGUUUCUCCCUCCUCUUCUUCACUUUCUAUGGCUUCCACUGCUCCAUUGUACCCGUCGGUGUUCUGUGGUAGGGGAGACAGGAAAACCGCGAAAGGAAAGCGAUUCAGCCAUUCAUUCGGGAAUGCAAGGCCUAGGAACAAGAAGAAAGGGAGAGGGCCUCCUCGUGUUCCCGCUCCUCCUUUGCCACCCAAGAAAGACCGUUUUGACGACGGGGAGGUUGUUAAGAUCCAAAUCGAUGAGUCCAUCUUUUCUAACUAAACCUCACUCUUUCUCUCUCUCUGUUUUGUUUAUAAAUGAAGAACAUGCUCUCUGUUCAAUGACUUGAUUGUUGAAAUUUGUAGCUGAUGUGCUAUAUUGUAACAUUUCAUUCUGAGAAAGUAAGAAGCUGUGUUUCUUUCAGGGAGCUAAUGGAAAUUCUGGACCUAUUUUGUAUUUCAAUGUUUUGUACUCUUUCCUCAAUGGAGCCAGUGGAUAUGGUAUCAUGCUGUAGUAUGCUACUUGUUUGUUGUA